ACGCCUCCUGCGAGGGCUGUUGUACCCCAGCAGGACUUCUCCCCUCCAACUCCAGAAGUCAAGCGCAGAAUAGAAGAGAAUCGACUGAAAGCCAAAGCUCUACGAGUACGCUCGAUCGCCGCACAAGAAGCAGCAGCGCGAACACCUUCCGGAUUUCUUGCAGAAGAUGUCUCUUCUUCAGGGCGGACACGAAGCCAAGCUGCCGUCUUAAGUACCAAUGUUCCAGAAUCGAGUCGCGAUGCGCGAAAUACAUCUACGAAAGACGACGGCAUCCAACCUGCGAGAAAUUUCAAGAAAUAUGUUGAUCAUGAUUUCAGCAAGAUGACGGAUACUAAAGGUGGAUUCUUGAGCGUCGAUGAUGAUCCUUUCAAUAAGGCAUUACAUGCGCCGAAGGAGGGAGAGAAGCCUGCGCAUAUGACCCUGAAAGAGUGGGAGACACAUCAAACUCUUAAGAGUCUGCGACAACGCAAAGAAGGUCUCUUCGAACCUGGUCUUGGCCUAGGAGCAAAGGAGAGGGGCAAGAAGUGUAGAGAGUGUGGGGGCUUGGAGAUAGAUUGGCUGUGGGAGGAUACUUUCAAAUGCGAGAUCUGUCACAGAUGCAAGGAGAAGUUCCCCGAGAAAUACAGUCUCUUGACCAAGACGGAGGCAAAGGUCGACUACUUGUUGACUGAUCCCGAAUUGAAAGACGUUGACCUCCUACCCCAUCUCUCGAAAGCCAAUCCUCACAAGUCCCACUGGCAUGACAUGAUGUUGUUCUUACGCUAUCAAGUCGAAGAAUAUGCAUUCAAGACAAAGUGGGGCUCUGCUGAAGCCUUGGAUGCUGAAUUUGAGAAGAGGGAAGGAGACAAGAAGCGGAGAAAGGAGGCCUUGUUCAGGAACAAACUUCGUGAGCUGAAGAAGAAGACCAGGACAGAUGCCUACAGGAGAAAUGCUCGAGGUGGUGGUAAGGUUGGACAGUUUGGUGAUCGGAUAGGUAGCGGAAAGCACGAGCAUGAGUGGGGUCAAACGGUAGAAAACGCAGAUGGUAUGACUGUUAAGACAUGUGUCGGGUGCGGCAUGGAGGUGGAGGAGUUAGAGUUGUGA